AUGUUAGGAGAGCUCAUGGGCCUUGGCCAAAGCUUUCGUUUACUUCGAUAUUGCGCUGCAUGGAAACAACAGAGGAAGCUUGCUCAUUUGGCUUUGAAUGCUGGUGCAACCAAAGAAUAUAGCAAGCUGCAAACGGAGGCCGUCGUGUCGUUUCUGGACAGUCUCAUCGAGAACCCAAGCGACUUCAUAUUUCAGCUUCGGUUGGCUGCGGGCCGCAUUGUGUUGUCCAUGACAUAUGACGUCCCAGUCAAAAGCUCGGAGACGAUGAAUGUUUUGGAGAUUAUGAUGGCCACCAUAGGCAAAGGGAUGAUGCCAGGAGCAUACACUGUCGAUAUGUUUCCAUGGCUCAGAUAUAUCCCUUCUUGGGUCCCCUUCAACAACAUCCAUACUAUUGCCACAGAAGGCCGCACGCGCCUUCUUCGCGUUGUCGGACUACCCUUUGCGAAGCAACAAUUUUUGUCGCCUUCACCAACUGCAUCCUUCACCGCUACUUGUCUUCAGACCAUGGGCACAAUCUUGGCUUUCAUUCUCGCCAUAGCCUUGUACCCUGAUAUUCAGACCAAGAUAAGGAUGGAGCUUGAUCGCGUUGUUGGCCAUAGGCAGCUCCCGACAUUGGAUGAUCGCUCACGCCUACCUUACGUGAAUGCUGCCAUCAAAGAAAUGAUGCGGUGGAAUCCAGUGGUUCCUCUAAGUCUUCCUCGUUUUAAAAGCAAGGAAGACGUAUACCAAGGGUUCCGCGUGCCUAAGGGAACAAUCGUUUUUCCGAACAUUUGGUCAGCCGAUGUCCAGGAUGACAUCAGCGGAAUUUCUCCCGAUGAAUUUGCACCAGAGCGAUUUCUUGACGAUUGCGUCGAAAGGACAGCAUUGGACCCAUAUUCAUAUGCUUUUGGAUUUGGUAGGAGAAUAUGUCCCGGCAGGUUUUUUGCGGACAACAGUGUAUUUUUAUCUGUAACUGGUCUCGUGUCCACCUUUGUCAUAUCUCCCACUAUUGGAUCGGACGGAAGGAACUCUCUUUUGAGGGCGCCAUUCAGACAGGGUAUGAUGAGGUUCCCUGAAUCGUUUCAUGUUUGUAUACUUCCCCGUUCUGAGCAGCUCGCAGAAGAACUCCAUGCCAGAGCUAGGGAGAUGUCCAAGAAUGGCAGUGAAUGACGCAGUAACUUGUAGCGAGAGGAAGAGUGUAUCCGUGUAUCCUUAUCUUGUGCAAGCAUCAUAGUUAUGAAUCUUGGUCCGCGAUAUGCUAUAGUGCCUUCGUGUCUAGAAAUACACGGGGCCUGAACUUAA